AAAAAAUAGUUCCUGACAGGGCUCCAGAUAAGAUGCGUAUUAGCGUAAAUUACGUAUAGAAAUAAUGCAAAUACGCCUGUCUAAUAAUUUCUAAGCGUAUAAAAACGUAUAUAAAAUUACAGAAACGCACACAAUGCUUUUUUAAAAACAAAAUCUGAAUCGUCUGGAUGCGUUAGGUAACAUAGCCGAUCAGCCUUAAUUCUCCCACAUUGAACGUAAACACGCAUCGUAUGAUUUCUAUAAACUUUGCAUGGGUUGAAUUUUGCAGUCAGUAAACGGAUAAAUUAUCGGAAGAAGAAGCUCUUACUGGUUUGUUUAGUUACUACUGAUAUUAAAAAUGAUUUUAAUUCUUAUUUUUCGAGAAAUAAACAAAUCGGCGAAACAUUAAAUUGUAAUUUCUUGUAGUUUUUGAAAUCGAAAGUAGAUCGUCUAUGUUUGGCUGCUUUCACGAAACGAAACAACUUUUUUAUGAAAAGAUUUAAAUAAGAGGUAAUUUAACCGUAAACUUCAAUGUCAGAUACUGCCAAUUGCUGCUAAAUGUCUUCGUAUCAUCACAAUUUGUAAAAUAUAUUGUUGAAACUGGAGAAAAGUGUAAUCGUAUCCGGAUAUAAUAUUUUGGGUAAAUAUCGAGCUGUGUUAUGAAAUUUUAAGAAAAAAACUAAAAACAAACUGAAACUGGUAGACUAUACUGUCAGUACAUCAAUCAUUAGCCGACUCAGGCCCUUUAGGCUUUUGAUUAUCGUUUCAUAUCUGCAUAGUCUCCCUUGCCCGCCAUGUUUUUCGGUGAGGUAAUAAAACACCCAAGAAUAGUUCUGCUAAAGUUGUACUAGAAGUUAAAAGUUCUAAUAUAGCUUUGUCGCGGAAACAAGAAGUGGCACGAAAAGUAGAAGUUAACACUUAAAUUACGACUUUUCGCCCUAUAAUUCAGUCCACAAACUUCGACUUUUCGAGGAAAAAUCUUAGCACGAGAAACUGAAAUUAGCUUUCCUAAUUUCUACUUUUCGUGGAAAGUUUUUGGCUGAGAAGUUGAAAUUUCGGAUGCAAUUGUUGUGUUAACUUUGAAUCAAGGAAUUGGCUUUUUGUGGAAAAUUCAUGGCGCGACAAGUUUAAAGUAAAUGCUGAAUUCCAAGUUCUCAUGUACCUAUGUAGUGGAAAGGCCGAUGGCGGAAACAAGAUUCUGUAGAUUUUACUUUCACACACACGCAGAAGUUUAAAGUUUAGUACACCAUAUCAAACGACCGAGAUGUGUCUACAAACUAUUGUUUUAAAGGAUAACUAGUUUUACGCAUAUAGAAUACAUUACAUGGAAAAAACUUCUUAAGACAUUUAUAGUAUCAUCGGAUGGCUUUCGAAAAUUUAAGACUGUUCAAUUAUGCAAAUGGUAUCUAUGAUUAUGUUACUAAUUUUCCGUGGCCAGAAGCUGAAAAGGUAGCGCACAGUGCCUACUUUGUGUCUUUGAGAACAAAAUUCCAUUCAAACAAGACAUUUUUCGGACAGUAAUUCCAAGUCGAAAUAUUACGAGCACUUGAAAAUGACAAAAUACUUUGAUUUGAUAGAAAUCAAAACUUGAAAAAAAGCUGAAAUCAAGCUUAAAAUAAAUCAUUAUAUCAUCAAUGAACUGUAGGUGACGUCAUGAUUUAAACAAAAUCACUCUUCACCUUUAAUGCACUAUAUGGUCGAUUGUGGCAAGAAUUAUCACCACUGUCGCACUUGCGCCGUUUUUCCUUACAACUGUGCCACGUGCCACAAAGGCGACUAUCGGGCAAGAGGCGGGGCUUACUAUACGUGCAGAUCAUGUCCACAUCAAUGUGAAGACUGUGCACAUUAUAUGUCAUGUACCGCUUGUUAUAUGAAAAAUCAUUACGGAAGAGAUUGUCAGAGUGUUUGCAGUAAAGGUUGUCCCAAUUAGCGGGUACAUGUCUGUGUAAAGAUAAUUAUGAAGGUGGACACUGUGACUACUGCGCGAAAGGAAAAUAUGGAUUUGACUCCAAUUGUACUAUGGAUUGUCCUGCUAAUUGUUACACAUGCAUUUCGAACAGAAAUUGCACAGAAUGCAAAGAUGGUUACUAUGGUAACACGUGUGAACUUUCCUGUUUCAGGGGGUGUUAUUUGGAUAGAUGUAGUCAAAAUAAUGGCACGUGUUACCAAAACAGAUGUAAAUCCAGUUUUGAUGGCAUAAAUUGUACCGAAUGUUCCCUAGGACGAUUUGGAAAUGAAUGCAAGUCCAUAUGCCCUGAAAAUUGUAUCUCGUGCUCAGCAAGAACAACAUGUGACCAAUGUAAAGAUGGAUACUGGGGAAAUGCAUGUCAACAUAAUUGCUCUCAAGGUUGUUUAGAAGGCGUUUGCUUGAAAGAAUCUGGGAUUUGUCAGAACAAGACAUGCAUAUCUGGUUUCAUUGGGGAAAGGUGCGACAGGUGCACAUCCGGUACACAGUCUUUUAACUGUCUGGACAAAACAAUGAUUGGAAAAGACUCAUCCGCAAGUACUAUAGAGUUUCAAGUGUGUUUAUUAGUAAUUGUUGUGCUGUUCUGCUUCGUAGACGCUGCAGGGAAGAUGAUUGAUAUGAUUUGAAACAAGUGUCAAGCAAUGCAUGCAUAUCUGCUCGAGAGUAGGAAACCAUCAGUGACAACAGAAAGUAUUUUGUUAAAGUUAUACUGUAUAAGUUAAAACAGCAUCAUUAUGUUUU